UUGGAAGGAAUCGAAACAGAAAAGAAAGAAGCACAAAACACAGCUGCUAAAGCUAAGAAACAAGCUAAACAGUAUGCAAGAAAGGUUGAAGAGGCCGAGAGAAAGCUUGCAGAAUUCGAACAGAAGGAGUCUACUUUCAACACUCAAAUUGGUAAGACACAAGCCGUUUUGAAGAAGACACAACAAUCAGUCAGAGAUGGCGAAUUGAGAAUUGCCGAGUUGGAAGAUCAGGUUAGAAAGGCUGGUGAAGAUCUGAACAACAAACAACUUGAAGUCGAUAAAAUUAAUGCUGAACUUAAGAAGACUAAAAACAGGUUGAAAAAGAUGCAAAAAGACGACAGCGAUUCGGAAUAA